AUGUUAAUUGACCGUACUCGGAUGCAACUGAAGUUGGCGGACUUCGGUCUGGCCAGGGCAUUCAGCCUUCCCGCGCGUAAAUACUCACAGGAGGUUGUGACGCUUUGGUACCGAGCGCCGGAGCUGCUGCUUGGUGCGGACGACUAUUCAUCUGCUAUCGACAUGUGGGCGGUUGGAUGCAUAUUCGCGGAAAUGGCGGAGGGAAGGGCGCUCUUUCAGGGGAUGCACGAAACGGAGCAGCUCAUAUACAUCUUUCAAGUUACGGGCACGCCCCACGAGGGCAUGUGGCCGGGGGUGGACAAGCUGUUCGAGCGCAACUGGGUUGGGGACCAGCAGCACGGCGUGAAGGCCGUCUUCCCCAAGUUCUCGCCGGCGCCCCUGCACAGCGUCGCCAGCCGCCUGGCGGCCUCCGACCCGCAGGGCCUGGACCUGCUGUCCCAGAUGCUGAGGUGCUCGCCCAGCCGCAGGAUCACAGCCGAAAAGGCGCUCAAGCACGCGUACUUUCACGACAUUGGGAAGAUCCUGGGAUGGCUCAAGGCGGCGGGGAGGCCCCAUUUGGGGAGCCCGCCGGGGCUUUGA